AGUUCAAUGGCCUCAGCUUAACUAUAAAUAUCAGAUUUGUGUUGAAUGCCCAGUAUAUCACAAGUUAGAACCAUAUAGUCAUUAGUCAAUACCCUUUUUAGACAAUGGCAUCUCAAAAGCUUUUCUCAGUUGUUAUCUUUCAACUGUUGCUUCUUGUUCCUUUUGCAUUAGGCCUUGCUAAUGCAAAUGGCCUGAAGCUUGGGUUCUACCACAAAACUUGCCCAUCAAUUGAGGCUAUUGUCAAAGAGACAACUGCUCGAUUUAUUUCACGUGCUCCAACUCUUGCUGCUCCUUUGAUCAGAAUGCAUUUUCAUGACUGUUUCGUCAGGGGAUGUGAUGGUUCAGUACUACUAAAUUCAACGAAGAACAACCAAGCGGAGAAAGAUGCAUUUCCAAACCAAAGCCUGAGAGGAUUCCAAGUUAUCGACGCUGUAAAAUCAGCACUGGAAAAGAAGUGCCCAGGAGUGGUGUCCUGUGCCGAUGUCCUAGCCUUAGUAGCUCGAGAUGCAAUCUCACUGAUCCAUGGAGCAUUUUGGGUGGUGCCAUUGGGACGUAGAGAUGGAAGAGUAUCGAUCAUGACAGAGGCCUUAACUGGUUUACCACCUCCUUUUGGCAACAUCACUCUCCUCAAAGCAAUUUUUGCAUCCAAGGGACUGAGUGUUAAAGACCUUGCUGUUCUUUCAGGAGCACACACCAUAGGGAUUUCUCACUGCACAAGCUUCACCAACCGCCUCUACAAUUUCACCGGCAAAGGCGACACUGACCCUUCACUAGACCCCAACUACAUCGUUCGCUUGAAGAACAAAUGUAAGCCAGGAGACAUCAAAACCUUUGUUGAAAUGGACCCUGGAAGCUUCAAAACAUUCGAUGCCGAUUACUACACUCUUGUUUCCGAGAGAAGAGGAUUGUUCCAAUCCGAUGCAGCUCUUCUCGACGACAAUGAGACAAAAUCUUAUGUUAAACUUCAGGCCACCUCUCACGGGUCGACUUUCAUGAAAGAUUUUGGGGAAUCCAUGAUUAAGAUGGGUCAAAUUGGAGUCCUUACUGGUAGCUCUGGUGAAAUCAGAAAACAAUGUGCUUUUGUUAAUUAAUUAGAUGGUUGUGUUUUCAAUUCACAACGUUUGGUUUUUUGUAUUUUGAUGAGCAAAGCAGAGUUGUACUUGUGUGUGGGCAAUUUUUUAUUUUUUGAACGAUGUGUGUGGGCAAUUUGUAUUAUCGACUCAUUUCUGUUAGUACUUUAGGCACAAUUUUCUCUGUUCUUAAAUUUAUGAAUUUUUGUUUUGAUGUAUUUUUGAUAAUUGAAUUGUAUUUCAAAAUUUUCA